UUCUACUAUUUGAUAUUGUUGUAGUGUUACAUUUGUAGUUAUAAAAGUAACUGAUUUAAAUAAAUGAGACGAAUAUAUUAGGAUUAUAUAAAUAUUACCUUUCUGUAAGAAUACUAUAUUUUGAAACUUUAUUUUAAUAAACUGGGUUGAGUAUUGUUGUACACUGGUUCAUUUAAUGCGUUUCUAAUUAAGACAUAAGUAUAUCGACUAUAUUUUCAUUUUUGUAAAUGUAUUUUAUUUUAUUUAAUUUAAAGAUUGUUAAUUUGUUUAAAUGUCUAUUGUUUGUGCUAAAAGAAUUGGAAAUAAUUACCAAAAACAUAAAACAAUAGGUGGUGCAAUAAUUAAAUUAAUUGCUUCUAAUUCAACUACAGCAGAACCAAAAAAAGGAACUUUGAACAAACCUACAAAAAAUUAUCAUGUUGAUGCAUUUGAUGCUUUUACUAAUGUUCUCAUUCAAGAGAAAACAAAUAAAUGGAAAACAAGUACAUUAUUCAAUAAAUGUAAAACUGAAAUAAAAGCUGAUAUUCUAUCAGAAAGUUCUAAUCAAACUAAUAAUUUAGUUAUAUACUUGAAAAAAUGUUUAGAAAAUAAUGUCAAGGUAGAAGAAAGAACUUUAAGGAAAUAUUUAAUAAUAUUUUCAAAAUAUGGAUGUAUAAAUGGUUUGAUUACAAUUGAAAAAUUGUAUAAUAUGUAUAAUUAUUCAAUUGAAGAGAGUAAUUUAAGAAUUCAUUAUGCUGAAGCAUAUUGGGUUAAUGGUGAUAUUUUAAAAAUGUUAGAAGUAUUCGAAUGGUUUUAUCCUACUCAUUCAUUCAAAAUUACUUGUAUUUUAGAUCCUAUAGUAUAUUGUAUAGUAAAAUCAAAAGGAGGAGCAUCUGUAGUUUUGAUUAGUAAAUUUGUUUUUUCUAUAGCACAUAAAUAUGGAGAUUUCUAUCCCAUGUGUGUCUUAUGGAAGAACUUUUUUAUGAGUGAAUUAUUUGAUGAUAAUUUAGAAGCUGAGAAAUUACUAAAAAAGAACAGCAAAUUAAUAGAUAGCAUUCAAUAUGUAGUACCAAUAAUUACCAGGGAUCUACUAAGGAUUGAUAAAAUAGAUCAUAUUUACCAAUUAAUGACUCUUAUGUUAAAACAUAAUCAAACAAAAUCAUAUCAAUGGAUCCUAAGAAAUUUAUUUGAUUAUUAUUAUGUGAAGCAUAAUGUAAAACAGUGUACAGAAAUAAUGAAACACUCAUUAGAAAUUAAUGUACCAUUAACAGAUUUACAACAUUCACAGCUAAUUAACAUGUUACUUCAUAAUAAGAAAUUCCAACAUAUAAACAAAGAUGUAACAGCAACUAUAUUUAAAUUAAUGUUUUAAAUAUUUAAUGUUAGUCACAUUUGACUCUAAAAUGUAUAACUUAUGUGUAAUAAAAAUUAUUAAUAUUUUUUUAUUAUAAUGAAUUCAUAUAAUGAAACGAAUUUAAAUUUAGACUUAUA